AUGAUCGAAGCCGCUGGCGCAAGCAUCUUGACUGUACAUGGGAGAACUAUCGAACAGAAGAAAGAAUUGACAGGAUUAGCGAGUUGGGAACAUAUCAAGGCUGUGAAGAACAAGCUCACCAUCCCCGUCGUCUUGAAUGGAAAUAUUCGAUACUUCUCAGAUGUCGAAGAAGCUUUUAGAGAAACUGGAGUCGACGGAGUUAUGUCUGCCGAGGGCCUCCUCUCAAAUCCCGGUAUCUUUCUGCCAACAGUCGCAAAGAUUGAUCAGAUUGUCGACGAGUUCAUCGCCUUGUUUGAAGAAAACUGCGGGGGAGCGUCUUUGUCCAGCUUGAAGACAUUUUUAUUUCGAGUUUGGAAAUCGGUGCUUCGAGAGAAUCCGCAGCUAACAUUCGAUUUGGAAGCUUGCUCCUCGUUGGAACAAUUCAAAGAGUGGAAUGCUAGGGCGGGAAAGGAGUUUCCUACAGAGUGUGGACCUUUCAUCCGCAAAGAAAGGGCUCAAGCGACGCUUACGGCAGAUGAACGCCGGGUCAGAAACGAAAAGCGGCAUCUAGAGCAAGAAGCGAAACGGAAGGAGCAAAAGAAACGAAAGAGACAAGAACGAAGGGAACGAAAAAAGGAGGAAGGCGAGAAAGAAAAGGACGAGGAACGAGUCUCGAAAAAAGAGCGAAUUCAGGAAGAGAAAAACAGACUCAACGCAGCUUCUCGAGAGUUGAGCCUAACAAUUGCAAUCGAUCUGUCGUACUCGAAAUCAAUGAAGAUGAAGGAAACGAAGAAAAUGGCCGGCCAGCUUGCGAGGAUACAUGGCUCCAACCGGAAGAGCUCCAAGCCGGCGAAAAUCUUUCUUACUUCCUUCUCUUCAGAUGAUUUGCUGUACAAAGAAUGUGAGCGACAACACGAGGGAUUUAGCAAUUUCGGCUUUGAAAUUGAAUCUGAGAGGCAUCAAGCUUGUUUUUCGAAGGAAGAACUUGUUGUUUUGUCCCCAGAUGCGGAUGAGCCGUUGGAAAGUGUAGAGUUGGGAAAAGUCUAUGUCAUAGGAGGCGAUCUGGAUGAAUCAUACAGCAAUAAGCGCUCGCUGAACGACGCUCUGUCCCACCAACUUGUUUGUAAGCGACUUCCGAUCGAGGAACACUUGGAAAGAGCGGACUCACAUGCUAAGAAUAGGCAAAGAGCGAAAAAUACCAUCCUAUCUCCGAAUCAGGUGUUUGAUAUUCUCUCUUUAUACAACGAGACAAGUGAUUGGAAGAAGGCGCUCAUCACCCACGUUCCUCUGAAAAAGGGCUUCAAAUUGUGCUGA